UAACGAUUAAAACAUUUACAUGAACGAUUAAAUUUGAUAGAAACAGCGCGACUGUAUAAUUAAUAUUAGACUGUGUAUCACUAAUUGUGUGCCUGAAUCGAAGCUUUAUUUUGAAAUGCGUAGGUUGACGUGACAGAUUUUCUUUUUUUUAACAGUAGCUAACUUUACUCAGAUGUCUCCGUACAAAACAUAGUGUACAGACCUCCCAGCUUCGCGUUUAUCCAACUCCUCCGACAGCUAGUGGGGAACAGCUUUUAUACGACGACUUUAAAUAUGGAGGAUUUAUCGUGAAGCAACAGGAUUACACACGCUGGACACUUUUCCUGACACUCUUUUCCUCUGGACACUUGGACACUCCUUGUUUUUUGUGCGCUGGAUGUGGACUGAGUUGAGCAGGGAUCCCAGCAGACAUUCCCUGGUGGUUUGUGUAUAGGAAAUGGCAACUGCUCUCAGUGGCCGAAACCCUGGCGGACGUGGACCAAACCGAAGUAAAGGUCGGAUUUUAGGCUUCAUUGAUGCCAUCCAUGAUGCAGUGGGACCGCCGAAACAAGCUGCUGCUGACCGGAGGACUGUGGAGAAAACCUGGAAGCUCAUGGAUAAAGUUGUCCGCCUCUGCCAAAAUCCCAGACUCCAGCUGAAAAACAGUCCCCCGUACAUCCUGGAUAUCUUACCUGAUGCCUACCAGCACCUGCGGCUUAUACUGGGCAAAUACGAAGAGAACCAGAGACUCACACAGCUCAGUGAAAAUGACUUCUUUAAAAUCUACAUUGACAGCCUUAUGAAGAAAUCCAAACGAGCCAUCCGGCUCUUCAAAGAGGGAAAGGAGAGGAUGUAUGAGGAGCAGUCACAGGACAGGAGGAACCUGACCAAGCUGUCUCUGAUCUUUAGCCACAUGCUGGCUGAAAUCAAAGCCGUUUUCCCUGGAGGACAGUUCCAGGGAGACACGUUCAGGAUCACCAAAGCUGACGCCGCCGACUUCUGGAGGAGAUUUUUUGGAGAAAAGACAAUAGUGCCAUGGAAAGUGUUCCGACAGUGCCUUCACGAAGUGCAUCCCAUCAGCUCGGGUCUGGAGGCCAUGGCCCUCAAAUCCACCAUCGACCUCACCUGCAAUGAUUACAUUUCCGUUUUUGAGUUUGACAUCUUCACACGCCUCUUCCAGCCAUGGGGAUCAAUUCUGAGGAACUGGAAUUUCCUGGCGGUCACACACCCUGGCUACAUGGCUUUCCUUACCUAUGAUGAAGUCAAAGCACGACUGCACAAAUACAUCAACAAGCCUGGCAGUUACAUCUUCAGACUGAGUUGUACGAGGCUGGGCCAGUGGGCCAUCGGCUAUGUGACCAAUGAUGCCAACAUACUGCAGACCAUCCCCCACAACAAGCCGCUGUUCCAGGCCCUCAUCGAUGGCUACAGGGAGGGCUUCUACUUGUUUCCUGAUGGUCGCAGCUACAAUCCUGACCUCUCUGGUUUAUGUGAGCCGACACCUCAUGAUCACAUCAAAGUGACACAAGAGCAGUAUGAGCUGUACUGUGAAAUGGGCUCCACCUUCCAGCUCUGUAAGAUCUGCGCUGAGAACGACAAAGACGUCAAGAUCGAACCCUGCGGUCACCUCAUGUGUACUUCCUGUCUCUCUGCCUGGCAGGAGUCGGAUGGCCAGGGUUGUCCGUUCUGUCGUUGUGAGAUCAAAGGCACAGAGCCCAUCAUUGUGGAUCCCUUUGACCCAAGAAAUGAGGGCAACAAGUGCUUCUUCCUGGACCAGCACAGCUGCCCCAUGCUGGAGCUGGACGAUGAGGAAGAUAAAGAGGACUGCCUGGUCAUGAAUGGACUGGCCAACAUCAGGAAGCACUGUACCGAGCGGCAGAACUCGCCCAUGGUGUCUCCCAGCUCCUCCCCAGUCAGCCAACACAGAAAAGCCCACAUAGGAGACCCCGGCCACUGUGGCCAGCACCUCGGCCUUCCCCCAGUCCCACCACGACUGGACCUCAUCCAGAAGGGCGCCAUCCGCUCCCCAUCUGCCAGUCCCACCGGCUCCCCAAAGUCUUCACCAGGCAUGUCCAGGAAGCAGGACAAGCCUCUCCCAGCCCCACCUCCUCCGCAGAGGGACCCACCACCACCACCUCCCCCUGAGCGUCCUCCCCCUAUCCCCCCAGAGUCACGCCACUCUUGGCUCCCCAGUCCCUCUUCCUUGUCCUCUUCCAUCUCAUCAUCUACCAGCGCUCUGUCAGACUCCCAGAUGCACCCUGAGACACGGUGUCCCAAAGACGGCCACUUAUCAGAUGCCCACAGGACUGACGCUGAACACUCGCUCCAGCUGGGACUACCUGGCCCCUCCCACCUGAACGGAAGACCUCUUAGUUGUCCUUCUGCCGGAUUUGGACGGUUACAUCACAGAAUGGAGGGGGCAGGAAACUCAGAGAGCUCUAAGCCCUUCUCUAAUGGCGUGCAAGUCAGCGAUGAGUAUGACAUCCUUCCCUCACGGCAAUCGCCAACGCAGUCCAUCCAUGCCAACAGCCACAAAUCCUCCAACCCGUUCAGCAGCCCUCUGGUAGAGCGGCAGCGGGCAGUGAUGGACAGGGUGGAGGACGACUAUCAGAUCCCUUCCUCCACACUCUGUCUGAGUCAGGCUCCCAUCUGCAUCUCUGUACCCAGCAGGCACUUGGAGAAUGGCUCCCCAGAGCCCUCCGUCGAGGAAAAGAAGUCCAGUGAGCCUGGUGGCCACUCAGAGUCGGUCAGGACGUUGGUCUCAGGGGCGGCUCAUUCUGCUCUCUGCCCCUUUACCACCAACAAGACACCCUCGGACUAUGAUAUUCUGUUGCCCCCCCAAGUAUUAGAAGACCCCUUCAACUGCCGCCCUCCUUCCCAGCCUCCUCCUCCUCCUCCACCGGCGCGGCACAGCCUCACCGACCUCUCCUCCUCUUCAUCGUCCUCAUCCUGCAGCUCCUCCACGUCGGCCUCUUCUAUCAUCGCUCGACCACACAGGCCCUCCUCUGGACAUGAGCACUCGCUGUUAACCCCCGACGCGGUGUUUGACAUGCUGAACAGUGCUGCUCCUCUGCCUCCAGUCAGACGUCACAUAGAACAAGUGAAAGGCUCCAGAGGCUGCCUGGAGUACGACCAUUUACCAGCCAGUCAAGUAUUGAUGGACGGUUUGCAGGCCCCUGCCAGGCCGCCCAAGCCACUGCCCAGGAAGAUCCCUCCAGACAUUCAGCCAGGCAAACCCCACAGCCUGGAGUCAGAGACUGUGGACGCCAAGAUCGCCAAGCUGAUGGGGGAGGGUUACUCCUUCGAGGACGUGAAACGGGCGCUGAUGAUCGCCCAGUACAAAGUUGACGUGGCCCGAAAAAUUCUGCGAGAGUUUGCCUUGGUGGCCCCAAGACUGAACCACUAGACAGUAGAAGGGGAGCAUAACAGUGAAGCUGUGCCUCUGAACGGACUGACUAAAAAAGGGCUUCUUCAGUCUGCUUGACUAUAAGACAGAAACAAACAAACAUUUUUUCAAGAGAGACUUUUUUGCCUUUUGUUGCCGAACAGAGAUGACAACGCACAACAAAGUGGCUCUAACCAAAUCAUGGCAGAACACAGAGAAUCAAUAAAGGGAGAGAAAAAAAUGUCUGUGAAUGAUUUAAACCUGUGAAAAAAAAAAGAGAAAAGAACCGGGCUUGUUGGUGUUUACAGUGAGCUUUGCUGGUUUUCAAAUGCUCGGACGGACCCUUCGUCUCGGGGCUCGGGCUUUCCUGUUGUAAAGCCUCGAUCCUGCUACUGCUGCUACUGUUCCUUUCACAUCCUGCCACCUUCCACGCGUCAGUUUGAAAGGCGUUUCCAGUUCAUUUCAGCUUCAAAUGCUCCACCGCUGGUUAGGAGUCAUUUUUAUUUACAGCCAUUAGGGGGAGCCAGACUCCACUGUUUCUUUAUUCAAAUUCCUUCUCUCACUCUCCUCUCAUCUGUAUCUCCUGUCUCACCCACUUCCACCUUUUUCUCUCCCUUGUGUGUCGACCAUUAGAGAAUACUCCACUGUUAUUCUGGAGUCUGGCUGACGUGUUGGUAUUAACGAGGUCUGGUGAGUCAGGAGUGGUUAGACGGAGCCAGAGGAUGCCUUAUUGAUUCACCUGUUCGCCCCAGACCAGGAGAAGACUGUACGACAGUACCAGAGGAGCACUCUUUAUACACCUGGUAUCUUAUUUAGACAAGAAGAGUGAAGCGGGUGGGAGGGUUAGUUUCACUCUCUUUGUUUCUGUUCCUAGACCAGAGGAUUAUUCAGCUGGGGCCUUUUUUUAAUUACUUUCUUCAUCUGAGGACAGCAAGCCUAUGAAUGUAUUUGUUCUGCAUGAGAGAGCUAUACCUUUGUACACUCUGAGCUCCUCUCAGGCCCAGCUUUGCCCUUAAGUGAUUAAGUGGUGGAAAAUGUUUCACGGUUGUGGAAAAUGAUUCAUUUCUCCACGUGAAAAGACAGAAGAUCGUGCCUGCGUUUCAGAUCAAGCUUUUAAAUGACGGGAGCGGGGGGGGGGGGGGGCCGUCGUGUAGAUCAGCGUCCGUCAGAGCCCAGAGACGACACGCUCCCUGGCCGUCACACUGCAGCCUCCUGUCUCCUCUUCAAUUACACAGACAUCCUAUGGUGCAAAUGUCCACAUUCCCAACAUGUUUGAGGAAUGGCUCUCAAUCUGAUUUGGAGCAAGAGUCACUUGUUUGAACACAAUAGAGACAAACAAGAAACUGCAAAGCAUUGAAACUAUGAGACAGAGUCACAUGCACCGUAACAGGUGAAGCCCCUUACCUCAGAAUCUGGAAUCAGCUGUAUUUCUCCCCACUGACUGCAAACAUGUUUCACCUAUGCAUGUUUCACAUUUGACAAAAUGUAACACAGUAUUGCUUAUUACCCGUUUUUGUCUUUCUGUUUUUGGAGAGGGAUUUAAAAGGUUGGUAGGCUGUUUCAGGCCUAUUAGGGCUUUCAUUUGCCAUAAAACAGGGACUAUGUUUACAUGGAUAAAAAAAAACCCGGCUAUUGAUCUCAUGUGGGUUAAAUGAUAAUUCCACUUGAUUACAACUUGGGUCUCAUUUUUGUAGUUUUGCACAUCAGUUAUAAUAAGAUUGCUCUCAUUAAAGUAAUAGCUGAGAUGUGGGAACUUGGCAGCGUUGCUACCACAAAGUGUGAUGGGUCAAGAAACACAAGCAGGUAGAUGAUCAGUGUGUUUCCAAUCCAACUAUUAAUCCAGAUUAUCUAACCCUCUUCAUUUCAAAAGUUAAAGGUUGUUGUUGUUUUUUUUUUCGUUUUCUCUUCUGUAAACUCUUGUCUAACCUGAGGGUUUGGUUAAAACAUGUGAUCAUCUAAUCUCUUGUUUCUUGUCUUGUCCUCUUCUCAGUGAUGUCACCAUGUUUCCAGACCUCAGUGAUGAUCUUGGAAGAGUGUCAUGUUUAUCCUUACUGAUACAAAUGAUGGAAACUAUGGAAACGAGACCCAAAAAAUGAAAUUGGAAAAGUAUUACAUUAAAGCUGCUAAUUUCAAAUAUGAUGACUUUAAUGAUGUGUUGAGUCCCUGAGGAGUAUCUGCUUCUACAACAGUCUCAAAAAACUCUGUCCUUCCCUCCCGGUUACAACAACGUCAUUUUUGUGUAAAAGAAUUUACAAAAAAUGGAAAAAUGAGUGCCAACAGAGACAGACGGAUAACUUAGUGGAAUGGAGACAGUGCCACGCGAUGUGUCAAUAAGAUCUGGUUCUAACUAUGUCAUUCUAACUACUGUAUAUCAGGAUUCUAGGAACUCUUCUCAUAUUAACAGUUGAUGCAGCAAAACUGAGCUCGGCAGCAUCUGGAUCUGUGUCUUUUUGUUUCUGUACAAACAAGCAGAGUGAUUUAGAGAGGUCUUUCUCCGUCUGUGCAGCCAGUUUGUCCAAACUGUACCGAGAGACAAGCCCAAUAAACACACAGAGAAACGCAUAGCAGUGACCCAUUUUCACCUCCACAUUCUUUAUUUUUCCUGCAGGCAUAAUUAGGCUAUCAAAAUGAAUUUGAGAUGAUGUAUUGUGGUUUUUCUUCUUAGUCUGCCUUUAAACUGUUGAUUGAUUUAAGUCCCCUGUGACUGAGGCUCCUCACAAAGCAAAUAACACUGUUUCAGGUCAAAGAUUGAAUGGUUUUAAUGGGAACAUACUGAUAAUACAAGAGGAGGAAAUGAUGAUCCCAGUCCUUCUAAUGCAGCACUCUGGUUUAUUUUAGUGUCUGUUUAGACAUCUUUACAGGUUUCUCAUAAUCAGAAAAAGAUCUUGAUGAUCUAACCCUGAUUUGACAUUUACAUAUUUCUAUAGCAAAACCUGGUAACUAUAGUGACCAGACUAACAAAAGGUUGCUGUGUGCAUGUAAACAUAGUGUGUGUGGCUGUUUGUGCUGCAUGGUCGACCAUGGGAAUGAAAUGAUGCUGUGUGAUGGAGACAGAAAACACCUCUCAGUAAAUGUGCUCUGAAAGUCUACAGUGUGGGAGGCAAAAAAAGGGGAAAAAAAUAAUUGUUUUAUUGUAUUUAUUAUUUGAGUCAUCCAGUGAGUGUAAGAGAUGGCAUCGUAUGACGUCCCACCCCCCUCUUCUUACAUAAAGAGGUUGUAUUUGCCCCACCACCACCCCUUCUUUCCUUCUUUGAGCAGCACUUUAAAGGGGAACACCGCUGUAGUUUAAAAUGUAUAUAUGCUAAUAUAAGACAGUCCAUAGAGAAUUAGUGAUAAUGAGGGAUGUUGUCUGCAAAGCAAGUCUGUUAUCUCUGUUAUCAUCCACUGUGCAGACGCAGAUUCACAAAACAUUAUUAUCCCGUUCAGUACAACCACAGAAGUAUGUCAACUAAACAAAAAAGCAAUGUAUAAACAUAUAAUUAAGCACUUAGAUAAAGUUUAAUCAUCAGAUAAAGCAGCUUUAUCCGCUCCCCUGACAAUGGGAGAUGGAAACUCUGGAGUCACUAAGUUUAUGUACAAUUCAGUAUUCAAAUGAUGUUCUCUGCACUGCUUCUGCAUCUCACACAGAGCUAAUGUUGCUGGUUAGACGUUGCGUUAACAUACAUUUAGCAAUAGAAAUAGAACAGGCCACAACACAUCAUAGAAAUAGGGAGUUGAGACUUGAAAUUCAGCGGUAUUCCCCUUUAAUUUGAAGCUUAGUUUUUGCACUGGUCUGUAUUUACUUAUUUUCUCAAACUUGAACAACUCUGAGCUCAGAAUUGUCCAUUCCAUUGGACUCCCUUGUGAAGGGGGUAAGUGGCCUUAGGUUGCAAAGGGCAGUUUUUAUUUUCUAAAUCCAUUUUCGUAUUAAUGUGCUUUGGUGACAAAAAAAAAAAAAAAAAAAAAAGUGUUGAUAAGUAUGUAAAACAUAGAGUAACGUGCAAUUAAUUUAUACAUUAUUAAUGCUUUUUUCUUGAUAUGCUAUUUUCAUGGAUAAGUAAAUAAAAAGUCA